AUGCGAAACACCACCCUACGCCAUUAAAAUACGACGCAAGGCGCUGGGGGACGCUGGACCAACAACUCGUUCUAUUUUCCCAUUUUUCUACCAAGAGUACUACUGUAAAAAUGAGUCGGGUGUACAUUGGCCGCCUGAGCUAUAGUGCAAGGGAAAGGGAUGUGGAACGUUUCUUCAGAGGUUAUGGUCACAUCAGAGAAAUCAACCUGAAGAAUGGCUUUGGUUUUGUGGAAUUCGAUGACAACAGGGAUGCUGAAGAUGCCGUGUACUACCUGAAUGGGAAGGAACUCUGUGGUGACAAGGUGAUCAUUGAGCAUGCUCGUGGCCCAGCCAGAGGGAGAGACGAUCGGUAUGGCAGAGGCUUUGACAGAGACCGGAGACCAGGAUGGAUUGAUAAUGGCUCAUCAUCUCAUUCUGGUCGAUCAACUAGGUAUGGCCCACCUGUGCGCACAGACUACCGUGUUAUCGUGGAACGCCUGUCCAGUCGUGUCAGUUGGCAGGACCUGAAAGAUUACAUGCGACAAGCUGGUGAGGUUACUUUUGCAGAUGCACACAAGCAGCGGAAAAAUGAAGGAAUUGUUGAAUUUGCAACAUGGUCGGACAUGCACAAUGCCAUUAAAAAACUGGAUGGAACCGAGCUGAAUGGAAGGACCAUCAAGAUCAUUGAGGAUACCCAACACAAGAAGAGACGGGACUACUCUCACAGCCGGUCACGUUCCCGUUCCCGUUCCCCACGUCGUUCCCGCUCGCCACGCCGCAGCCGUUCUCGCUCACGUUCCCCGCGCCGGUCCCGACGCUCACGGUCCGCCAGCCACUCCCGCAGCCGUUCCCGCAGUGUCAGCAAGAGUCGCAGCAGGAGCAAGAGCCCCAGACGCAGCCAGUCCAAGUCGCCACGUGCCUCACCACGCAAGUCCCUAUCGCGCUCGCGUUCCCGCUCUCUCUCACGCUCCAAAUCCCGAUCGGCAAGCCCCAAGGAUUAAGAUGCUGGAGUGACUGAUCAUGGGCACAUUUGGAUUCUAGGUAUUAUGGUUGGCAUUGUAGUCGGAACAAAACCUUGAGAGGAAGGAUUUGAAGUUAGUUGGUCAGCUCCUGAGUUUGUUUUGAUUUAUCCAACAAGAUUGCCUAUGUUUUUGGACAUGCUAACAUGUAUUUGAUUUCAUUCAUGUAUGAAUUUGGCGCAGUCUGUAAUAGCAUCUUAUUAAGAAAGAACUCCUGAAGAGGGGUCUCAGUUCUUGUUUUGGAUAUUUAAUGACAGAGAGUGGGUUGAAAGAAUGCCUCAGUUUUAUGUACAGUGUAAAAAAAAGUCAUCCGAGGGACUGUCAUUUUGAAUAAUUGACCAAGCCAGACUGACAAAUAGGACAUACAGUUAAGGGAUGUUACUUUUUAAAGCCAAGUGGAUAUUUUGUUUUAGCAGCUUCAGUUUACUGAAGGAAAGAGCUUGUCAGAUACAUGUAGUUUCGUUAGUGGCAAUUUUUUUAGUGGAUGUGGUUUAAGGCAACUAUUGAAGUAAGGUCUAAAAAUCCCGAGGUAAUGUGGUAACGUUGCGAAAUUGUGUCACUCGGCAAGGUAGUUUUGGCAUUUCAGUGGAAGAGGAGUUCUGAAUUUCCUGUGGUACCCUGGGCUAUGUCCAAUUUGAAAAGGAGUUGACGCUUUUUAACUGUAUAUUAAAUGUUCUGUGUUGGGUUUGCGCAAGUUUGGUGUCCCAUAUAGUGUCAUAACAGUAGGGUUUUUUGAGGGCGAGGUGUAAAUGUUCAUUUUGUUUUGAAUGUCACUUUGGAAGAUACUGUCUCCCCCACUCAUGAAGUUUUGAUAUUGCUGAAAAAUUUAUGCAGAAAUAAGGCUGUGGACUUGGGGUUUUCUCACAUUUCGUGGCAAAUUUUUAGUUACAUUCGUUUGAAAGUCAUGAAAUCGGCUUGGAAUAAAGGACAAGGGUGCAGGGAUCUUGAUGUGUUCUUGUUCAGCAUUGGUAAUCAACCUGAUUUUAUACUUGUAUUGAGAUGUCAAGGGAAGAAGAGGGAUAAGGCGUGGGAGCUUAUUUUUGAGUGGUUAGUUAAAUUUGUGUAUGCUACACCCUUAAUGCAUCAGACAUGGUGUUUUUGUGAUUGAGAAUAAAUUUUGUUGUACCUUGCAUUCCAAGA